GGGAGGCGGGCAGGGGGCGGGCUGAGAACCUUCCCCUGGAAAAGGCAGACUUUCCGCCGUUUGCAGCCGCCGGCCUAGUCCGACUAGAAUCUCCCCCGAGGCCUCCGGAGCAGUUACUAACUCAAGAUGUCUGUCCGGGGAAGCGGAUUUGCUGAAGACGAGGUGAAGAAAUAUGUAUACCGCAAUCUAGCCAUGUUCCAUCGCGUCCGAUUCAGCCAAAUGAUCCACUUGCGUUGUUUGACGGAGACAGACAGGCAAAAGAUCCGAGCGACCUGCACCAACGAGGGAAACAACAUGACCACGUUCGAUUUCUUUCAAUGCUUGUGCUGCCGGGAUGGCUGGGUGCCGCAGUUCGUGGAGGCUCUCCGUGAGCAGAACAUGGGCGACUUGGCUGACAAGCUGGAAAGCGUGUAUCGCGCUAACCUCCUCCCCUCGCCAAGGACCCCUCCAGCAGCUUCAGCACCCGUGGCUGUCAAUCGGCCUUCAGCUCCGCCUCCCAGGUCUCCUGUGUUUAUUCCCGAAGCCCGUCCUAUCUUUCCCUCACAACUGGCUGCUUCACCUGCCAAUCCGCCCCCCCAGGAUACCGGAGAUUACCGGACUCCCGUUCAAGAAAACAGCCAUCCAGCCGGAAAGAGCAAGUCAGCUGUACAUCCUGAGAGCGCAGACAAAGGAGAGGCUGGUUUUUCCUCGACUUCCGACGGCCAUUCGGCAUCUGACAUCGGAGCGACUGCCGGAAGGGACAGAGCCCCUGAGUCUCAAGAUCUAUGUCUUGCAGAAGAACAGUCUCUUCCGUUCCAAGGUCCCGUGGGAAGGAGGCCGCUUCGUCCCCCAACCACUUCAACAUCAGCUGCGGGGGGUCCCGUGGAGCAGAAGUGGGACGGGCGCCAACACCGCCCGGUGACGGUGAAAAACGGACGUUUUGGGAACGUGCACCACCCAGACAAUGGCGGGACAGUUUCAACGUUGCCCGCUGGCGCUUCUGGUAAUCAACCCGAAGAGGAUGAUUAUUCGAGCGAUAGUGUCUUGUUACCUUUGGCCAAUCAGAGAGAGGAUUUGGUGGAAGAACGCCAGGUCCACGUUCUCCGAGGAGAUCGGAAGCAAGAAAACCGGCUGGUUGUGGACCGUCACCUGGACAAACAGGAGAAAAAUCUGCCAGCUUCCCCUAGGUCAGCAGAAGACCAGACGCGAGUCUUCACGGAUUCUUCAUCUUGCAGCUCUCCAGCGAACGGCGCCCAGCCAUCCUUUACUCAGACGGGAGCUAAGCCUCGCCGCCCCGUCCCCAGCCCUAUGUCCGAACAUCCAAUUCGUCUUCCGCCUUCAGUUUUGAACGUUUCCUCUUCCGUCGAAACAAAGCCACCGAAGCCUUGCGUGGAGCUUUCAGCCGAAGGCGAGAGGUCCUCAGAUGACGUUAAACUUCCCGUGGAAGAGAAAAGAUCUUGGGGACAAACCACUGUCCCCAGUGCCGUGGCAGGGCGGCCUCAGGAGGGGAUGGAGAGUCGGCCCUCAGCUAUCCGGGACUGUCAGAGAUACAGUCACAUCUUUUACAGCAACUGUGGUGAGGACCAUAUGCCUUCCAAGCCAGGCGUUCUGUCUUCAGAAAAUACUUCAGAGCCCAGCAAACUCCACUUAGAUGACACUGGAGAGGCCAGCAAGUUGUAUUCUGGCUCAUCGGAAAGAUUACGCAUGAGCGACAGCGACUCCAUUUUGGGGAGCGUGAGCAGCAGCGACCCCAUUUUGGUGAGUAAUAGCACCUCAGCCGGCAAUUUGACCCCGAGCACCGCUGGGGGAAGCAGCCGGGCGGGCGAGCCUCUCGAUGCUUCUCUUCCACCCGAGGUGGACCCUGAUGAAGAAGACACGUCCCUCAGGAGCCACCACGUGCGAGUGGAGGAGAACCGAAGUGUGGAUCUGACGGGGGUCCCUUUGGAUGUGGCCUCCUCGCGGCCGUCUCCCCGGGCCUUCCCAGAUUCAACAUCCGGCGGUCAACCAAAGAACGAAGCCAAGAACCAGGCUGGGCCUUGUCUCCCAGAUGAGAAAGCCAAGGUUGAAGUUGAAAGUUCUUUAGAUAAUUUUUGGCUGCUUUUGGCCGGGUUUGUUCUGGCAUCUGUGGCAGCUGCGGCUUUUGCGCUGUAUAAGAAGAAAUAAGACACUGGAGUCGCCGAGCAGUUGUGGACCGCUGAAAUUCACGUCCAGCCACCACCUCUUCCUACCGAUGCUCCAUAACUCAACGGAAGGGACGCAGUAGGGACUUGCUUACUUUAGAUUGCUUUCUGCCACUGGUGCGUGACGCUCCCAGCAGUGCCGAACUCUAUCCUCAAAAACAAGCUGUCAUGGUUCCGACAGAUGAAACUCUUCAAAAGAACUUUGAGGCAUUGUUUACCUUAAAGGAUCUUUUAUUCGAGUAGCAUAAUAUCGGCACUUACCUAAUCGAAACCAAAAAACUGAAUUCC